AUGAAGAAGGAUUCUAAAGAGUUCGUCAAAGGCUGCAAGAAAUGUCAAAUGUUCGCCCCUAUCAUCCACCAGCCAGCCCGGGACCUUAGCCUUCUCACAAGCCCGUGGCCUUUUUCCCAAUGGGGCAUGGAUAUCGUCGGUAAGCUCCCCGUUGCCCCAGGAGGAUUUAAGUUCCUCCUAACCGCCACAGACUAUUUCUCAAAGUGGGUCGAGGCCGACCCCUUUGUAACUAUUGAAGAAGCAGACAUCAUCCGUUUCGUCUGGCGAAAUAUCAUUUCGCGCUUCGGUGUCCCUUUCGCCAUUAUUACAGACAACGGACGGCAGUUUAUAGGACAGAAAUACCGAGCCCUAUUAGAUGAGGGCAUCAUUACCCAAGCAGUAAACCAAUUAGACAAGCAUUUCAAAGAAAACAUUCAGGAAAAGAAAGCAUUCAAUCACAAAUCAUCAUGA